ACAAUUCUGACGUGGUUGUUUCUGUCGACGAGAAAGGUAUAGCAUAGUUAGCAAGUAAUUCCGAAUAACCAUCUUUCUAAUAUAUUUCAAGAUACAACCCCUAAUUUUAAUAAUAAAUAACCAUGUUGGACAGUUUAUUUGACGAUGUGAAACGCAUGAAUAAGCGACAGUUUAUCUACCAAGUGUUGAGCUUUGGUAUGAUAGUGUCUUCCGCGCUUAUGAUAUGGAAAGGUUUGAUGGUGGUCACGGGAAGCGAAAGUCCGAUCGUAGUGGUUUUAUCGGGCAGUAUGGAGCCCGCUUUCCACAGAGGCGAUCUCUUAUUCCUUACCAACUACCCCGAGGAGCCGGUUCGUGUUGGAGAAAUCGUCGUAUUUAAGGUUGAGGGCCGCGACAUUCCUAUUGUUCAUAGAGUACUAAAACUACAUGAAAAGAGUAACGGCACUGUUAAAUUUUUAACCAAAGGAGAUAACAAUAGUGUAGAUGACCGAGGCCUGUAUGCCCAGGGCCAGCUAUGGCUUACGAAAAAGGAUGUAGUGGGCCGCGCCAGAGGAUUCCUGCCUUAUGUUGGAAUGGUCACAAUUUAUAUGAAUGAAUAUCCUAAGUUUAAGUUUGCGGUGUUGGCGUGUCUAGCGAUCUAUGUGCUAGUGCACAGAGAGUGACAUUUUGAUCUGAGAGUCAUGAACAUAAGCAUUUGUAAAGAAGUAACAUCGGCACAAUGGUGUAUUUAAUUUUAUGAAUAAAUGAGGUUCUCUCUAGUGUUAUUAA